UUUCUCUCUCUGUCCCUCCUUCAAAAUAAAUAAACAUUAAAAAAAAUAAAGUUUUUUUCUCUUAUGUAUCAAGAGUGAGUGGGGGAGGGGUAGAGAGAGAGGGAGAGCGAAUCCCAAGCAGGCUGCACAUUGCCAGCACAGAGCCCAAGCCUACACGAUCGUAGCUCAAUCCUGCAAACUGUGAAAUAUGAUGUGAGCUGAAAUGAAGAGCUGGAGGCUUAACCGACUGAGAUACUCAUUGAUUGAACUUAAUAAAAUGAAAAAAAUGGGAAGAUGUAGUUGAUGAACCUUGAGGAUGUUGUGGUAAGGGGAAUAAGACAAAGAUAAAUGACGUAUGAUUCUAUAUCUAUGAGGUAUCUGAAGUAGUAAAAAAAUCAUAGAAACAGGAAGUAGAAUGGUGGUUAGAAGGGGUUGAAGGGAGAGUGGAAAGAAGAGUUUUUUAAUAGGUAUUGAGUUUCACAUUUGCAAGAUGAAAAAGUUCUGGGGAUCUUUUUCAUAACAUGAAUAUAUUGAAUAAUACUGAACUAUACACUUACACAGGGUUUCUAAGGUACAUUUUAAUGUUACAUGGUUUUUACCACAAUAAAAAAAAAAAGGAAUAUUCAGAAAAGCAGUGAACCUGAUCUGACAUAGUGACAAAGAAUGAAAUUCUGUCUUUGUUAAGGUCCAUUUCUCCCUGUUUUACUACUCUUGCCUGGUUUUGGUGCUUUCUUCUUCCCCCGUUUCAUUGUCCCUAAUCUCCAUCUACAUCCUUGUCUACCGUGCAUUUCUCCUUAAUUCAUUCCCAUCUCAUGUUUCAGAAGACUUUCACUCCUAGAUGCCGAUCCAUUGAUUAAUCAGUUUCCCCACAACCCUACUCUUUGAGUGUAAUUGAAAAUGAUCAUAAAAGGGAGAUUAAGUGUGUUGACAUGGGAAAGUAAGGUCAGAUAUAAUUUGUAUCAUUGUUGAAUUUCCCUUUGUGCAUAAUUAAAUAAAUUUAUUUCCACCUACUGCCUCUUUUUUUUUUGUAAGUAAAUAUACUGUCUUGAUUGUAUAUUCUGUUUCUUGCUGCAGGCCCCUGUGAAGCUUUUCUUCUUGCCUACUUCUCCUAUUAAUUUUAGGCUCUGAGAGAUUUUUCUGAUAGUUCCACUUAUUAUCUCCUGAGUUGUGCUUAUGUCAUCAUCAUUAUCAUCAUUACUUAUGAAUAGUGAAGCAUUGGAUUACCAGGUAGUUCUCUUUUGUAAUGCAACAUAAAUUGUUAAUACCACUAUCAUUCCUGAUCAUCACAAUUUCUUUGUCACAUUUAUAGUUCUCAUCAUUUCAAUGGCAGCCCAGUUGGCUGGAUCAAUGGAUGGAGGGAAUCACUCGGUUGUGUCUGAGUUUGUGUUUCUGGGACUCACUCAUUCAUGGGAGAUCCAGCUUCUCUUCCUGGUGUUCUCCUCUGUGCUCUAUGUGGCAAGCAUGACCGGGAACAUCCUCAUUGUGUUCUCUGUGACCGUUGAUCCUCAGUUGCAUUCCCCCAUGUACUUCCUACUGGCCAAUCUCUCUUUCAUUGACUUGGGAGCCUGCUCUGCCACCUCACCCAAGAUGAUUUAUGACCUUUUCAGAAAGCACAAAGUCAUCUCCUUUGGAGGCUGCAUCGCCCAGAUCUUCUUCAUCCACGUCAUUGGUGGUGUGGAGAUGGUGCUGCUCAUCGCCAUGGCCUUUGACAGAUAUGUUGCCAUCUGCAAGCCUCUCCACUACUUGACCAUCAUGAGCCCACGAAUGUGCAUUUUGUUUCUGGCUGCUGCCUGGGCCCUUGGUGUCAGUCACUCACUGUUCCAACUAGCAUUCAUUGUUAAUUUACCCUUCUGUGGUCCUAAUGUAUUGGACAGCUUUUACUGUGACCUUCCUCGGCUCCUCAGACUGGCCUGUACAGAUACCUACAGAUUGCAGUUCAUGGUCACUGUUAACAGUGGGUUUAUCUGUGUGGGUUCCUUCUUCAUACUCCUCAUCUCCUACGUCUUCAUCCUUUUUUCUGUUUGGAAACAUUCCUCUGGUGGCUCAUCCAAGGCCGUUUCCACCCUGUCAGCUCACAUCACUGUGGUCCUUUUGUUUUUUGGUCCAACCAUGUUUGUCUAUACAUGGCCACAUCCCAAUUCCCAAAUGGACAAAUUUCUUGCCCUGUCUGAUGCAGUUAUCACUCCUUUUCUGAAUCCAGUCAUCUACACGCUCAGGAAUAAAGAGAUGAAGGCAGCAGUGAAGAGAACUUUCAGACCAUUAAUGAUUUUUAGGAAGAUUUCAUAA